GUGAGUGUUGUUAGUGUAGUUCCGUAGGUGGUUGCGCAGACGUUGAAGAGGAACUAUUUUUGUUGGACAUCUUGUUAAAACCUGUACUUUUUUACGGGGAAUGAUGCGGGAAUCCUGAAAUGAGAGUGUGAGAUGUUAUUGCUUCCGAAAGUGUGGAUAAUUACUGCUGCCACAUUGAUGACUUCUAAUACAGUGGGUCCAAGGAGAAGCUACUGCUGCAUUCAUAAACACUUUUUUAGGACUCACAACAACCCUUGAGCCUUGCUUGUGGCUCAUCAAAAGUAUCCCUAAAUCUUGCUUUGCCCUUGGAAUGAUAAAGGCCGAAACGCGUAAAAUCACCAUGCAGGAUCCCGGUGGAGUUACUAGGCUCAGAGAGGAGCACGAAAAGGUGGUGAAGGACUGCGAGCGUCAGAUUCAGCAUUGGGAAAAGGUUUCAGGUGAUUAUGAAGCCCUGAAAGAACGUCUUGAAAGUCUUCCAGAUAAGCUGUGUUAUGACAUCAUGGUGCCAUUUGGGCCUAUGGCCUUCAUGCCUGGGAAGCUGGUGCACACCAACGAGGUCACCGUACUGCUUGGUGACAACUGGUUUGCUAAGUGCUCCACCAAGCAGGCUGAGAAAAUCGUCGACCACAGGAUGAAGUAUGUGAAGAAUGAACUUUGUGGCCUGUCCAAGACAAUGACAAACUUUGAAUCAAGAGUUGAAAUGGUGAAGGACUGGGAAAAUAUCGUAAAUGAAAAGGGGGACUAUGUUGACAUUAGAGAGGUGAUAGGAAACAAUGAGGCCACUGUCACAAAAGGAAAACGUAGAGUGGCUCACAGGCCACAUUCAAAGCCAAAACUGGAAAAUGUGUUGGAUUUGGAAGAGGAAAAUGAAGGCAGUGGAGAGGAGACCCAGCAAAACGGGUGCACAAAAACUGUCAUGACCGAGGAGGAUUUAUGGGCUCGAUUGGAUGAACUUGAGAAACUUGAACAAAUACAAAAUGAGCGGGACAGAUUAUCUGAUAAUGCAGACCUUGUUGGUGAGGAUACCUCAUCCUCUUCCUCUGAGGAGCAGAAUGAGACUGACUCUCCUCCAGAGAAUGGACUUAGUCUGAAACUUCACAAUACUGCGCCCCCCUGUGGAGAAUUGAAAGAAGACCUUGGGGAGCAUUACAAUCUGCCAACCAUUUAUUUCUCCCACACGGUUGAGCCCAAGAAGGUGAGGAUCAACACAAGUAAAAACACUACUUUAAAAUUUAGUGAACGGAAAGAACAAAAGGAACAUUCAAAGCGGAAAAAGAAAAAUGGCCACCAAAACGGACGUUCUCAUCAUGAAGUUCACAGAAUCGAAACACCUGCAGACAUCUACAGGUUGUUUGUGGAUGUGAAGGAUGGGGAGCCUAUGCCCAAGAAGUCAAUCCUGAAGUCACGCAGCCGAGAGAACAGUGUGUGCAGUGACACAAGUGAGAGCAGCGCAGCCGAUGUGGACGAACGCCGGAUGAUGGGCCGGAGUUUCAGCCAUGAUGAGAACACACCCAGCGACAACAGCGACAGCCUAACAGAGGACGACAGCUCGAAGAGAGUGCCAUUGCAUCGCACAGGACACUUUGAGGCCUUUUCGGGGACAGUGGUGGAAAAGGAGCCGAUACCUUUGGCUGUUCCUUUUCUUACGAUUGGUCCUCCCACGCUGCCAACCAUCAUGGAAAGGAAACUGGAGGAGAUAGUGCCUGAUGUGGAAACUCCUCAACAUCCUGUAAAACCGAUGUCGAAGUUCAAAGCUGCCAGGAUGCAGCAGAAAUGACACCCUGAGGUUUUUACUCAGUCAAAUCACAAAACAUCUUUCACACUUUUUUACCUACUCGUGACAUGAUUCAAGUCCACCUGUAUACACACAUUGUUUCAUUCAAUGUAAAGAUUGAACAAUAUUGUUAAUGUUAUCUGUCUUUGAUGCUUUCAAUGUGGUCCCCUCCCCCAUUGAUUAUUUUGCAGCUUUGUCUCUUAGGCCUACUUAUUACAAAUCAUGCACAAGUUAUAGCUCACCUUUCUCCUGCUCUCGGCCUGCUUAAUGUGUGUAUACCUUUUGAUUUGUUUUUUGUUGAGACAAAACAAAAGGUUCCUAAUGGAAAAAGGAAAAUAAAUAAAUGAUUUUGUUUACAAA